AUGCUCGAAAUUCCCGUCAUACAAGUGCUCGAAAAAGAGCGGUACUUCACCCAACAUUUACUUUCUCUGCCUGACGCUAUCCCUUAUGCACCGCUGGGCCCCUCCUCUGUCCGCGUCCGGACGAAGGUGAUGUCUCUCACUUCGAACAAUAUGACCUAUGCGAAGGCUGGGUUCCUCAUGAAGUUGUGGGGCAUCCAUCCUCUUCCACCCUCGACGCCGGCACCGUUCAAUGAUGCUACCAAGUACGGCCGCAUCAACUGCUGGGGCUUUGCUGAGGUGCUGGAUUCGACACAUCCUUCGGUGGAGAAGGGCAGCUAUCUGUGGGGGUACUUGCCAAUCGGAACGCUUCCACAAGAUCUCAUACUGCAAAAGGGCGAGGUUCCUGGCCAAGUCUUCGUCAAGAAUGACUAUCGCCAAGACAUCUUCCCAAUGUACAACCGAUACUCCAUCUUUCCCCCGAACCUGCGCUCGAGUAUUGAAGCCAAGACGGAAAGCGUGGCUUACGAUGCAAUUGUGCGCAUCAUGUUUGAGACGGCGUACUUGGUCAACCGCUUCGUCUUCACGUCUGACCCGAAGGACACAGUCAACCCUGGGCCGGGCGAUGCGGAAUGGGGUCCAAGAAAGGCGGAUAUCGAGGGGGCUACUAUAAUUUGUCUUGCUCCAGGCUCUAAAGUUGCAUUGUCAUUCGUGCGGGAGUUGAGACAUGGCCGGAAGAAAGCAGUUGCAAAAGUUAUUGGUGCGGCCAGCAGUUACUCCCUUGAAUUUGUCAGGGGAACUGGAGAGUACGACGAGGUAAUUUCCACGAGUGAAGAGCCAUCCGAUGUGUUGAUCGGAAUUCCUGAUAGUGCCAAAGUUGUCUUGGUAGACUUUGGCGGCCGUGGUGGCAUUGCUCAGAAAUGGGCUGAAGCCAUGUCCAAGACUCACAGAGAGGUUCUGUUGAUGCUAUGUGGCUUGGAAAUUUCUGAGGAAUCUUCAUCCAACGUGUUGGCCGGCUUUCAGCAGAUCCAGUCUUCUGCUCCGACAUACGAGUCUAUGCAGAUCAAUGCCAGCGACAUUCGAGACCGUGCUAUUGCAAAGGUUGGAGAGGAGCGAUACUUUAGAGAGUUCGAAGAGGCUUGGGACACUUUCAAGAAGGAUUCAAUUAAAGGCUUGAAGAUACACUGGGGGGACGGCAUGGAAGCCGUGAUAAAAGGGUGGGACUCACUCGCCGCCGGAAAGGCGCAGCCAAAUGAGGGGCUUGUUUAUGUGAUAUAG